ACGAAGAGAGAGUGAAGAAGAAGAGCACGAGGUUUUAUUUAUUGUAUCGGAGGGUUUUUCCUUUCUGAUUUGAUAUCCAACGAUAACAAUGAAUCACCUCGUCCGUAAAACUUCCGUAACCGCCUUGAGAUCCGUUGCUCACCUCCGUCAAUCUCCCACCGCCGCAGCAGCAUCAACCGUCCGCCACUUCACCUCCGCCGGCUAUCCUUCCAACAGCUUUCAGUUAACUCCUCCGGUUAACUGGGGAGUAAGGAUUGUACCGGAGAAGAAAGCGUAUGUGAUUGAGCGAUUCGGGAAAUUCGCUAAGACAUUACCGUCGGGGAUUCAUUUCCUGAUUCCGUUCGUUGAUCGGAUUGCUUAUGUUCAUUCUCUCAAGGAAGAAGCGAUUCCGAUCCCUAAUCAGACUGCGAUUACUAAAGAUAACGUUAGUAUCCAUAUCGAUGGCGUUCUCUAUGUCAAGAUAGUGGAUCCUAAGUUAGCUUCUUAUGGAGUUGAGAGUCCUAUCUAUGCUGUUGUGCAGUUGGCUCAGACUACUAUGCGUAGUGAGCUUGGUAAGAUCACGCUUGAUAAGACCUUUGAGGAAAGAGAUACUCUCAACGAGAAGAUUGUGGAAGCCAUCAAUGUUGCUGCAAGAGACUGGGGUCUUCAGUGUCUUCGUUAUGAGAUAAGGGAUAUUAUGCCUCCUCAUGGAGUGAGGGUUGCUAUGGAGAUGCAAGCUGAAGCUGAACGUAAAAAGAGAGCCCAGAUUCUUGAGUCUGAAGGAGAAAGGCAAGCCCAUAUCAAUAUUGCUGAUGGUAAGAAAAGUUCUGUAAUUCUGGCAUCUGAAGCUGCAAAGAUGGACCAAGUGAAUCGAGCACAGGGUGAGGCUGAAGCAAUACUCGCUAGAGCACAAGCAACUGCUAGAGGUCUUGCCAUGUUAUCUCAGUCUCUCAAAGAAACUGGGGGAGUUGAGGCUGCGAGUUUGAGAGUUGCAGAGCAAUACAUCCAAGCCUUCAGUAACAUUGCCAAGGAGGGUACGACAAUGUUGCUUCCAAGUACUGCUUCAAAUCCUGCUAGCAUGAUUGCUCAAGCUUUAACAAUGUACAAAAGCCUUGUGAACCAAGGUCCAAAGAGCGAUCACCAAGAAACAUCAGCAGUGGAAGGUGACUGGGAGGACAUAGGUGAGAAAGAUAUAUCAGAAAACUCUAAAAACCGAUCAGGCUCAACAACAUACGAAACAGAGAAAGGAGGUCACACCGGUGAACCAGUAUUUUCUCUUCAGAGUCGCAUUAAGGAGCCAUAGUAGCCAGCCAAACAAAGAACGAGAUAAUUUUAUUUUAUGUGCCUGAGAGAACAGAAAAUCCAUCUUUUCCAGCUUUCAAAUAUGAGACACUAUCGUCUUCCCCGUUUGAGGGGCUUGAGUAUCAUAUGCCAUUUGGCAAACAUAAAACAUAUCUGAACAUCGAUUCUCUAAAAGUGUUUUCCCACAUGAUUUGAUCUGAACAUCUAGCUAUGAAAGUCUGGUUAUUU